AUGGAAACAUCCUCACCUGGAACAAUUAUCCAACAUCAACCUGAGAACCAAGUACUCGGUUCAGCAAAUCUGAGCUCAAACCCGAGCAGAAACCAUCGUAGCAAUCGUCCCAGAACUCGCGUUCCUCCAACGAAUCCAGUCAGUUCUGAUGUCGUAGUUGCUCCGGUGACAAGUAGUACAAGCAGCAGACAGCCUCGCCAAAACUUUAAUCAGAACCGAUCUCAUGAUCACAAACAGGGAAGCUCAAAUCCGCGUAGACCACCUGGCGCCUCUCAGACCAUUGGCUCUAGCCCUGUUGCAGGUGAAACAGGUGAUGGAAAUACACGGCCAAGGAAGAAUCGCCCUUCAAGACGUCCUCAGGGAGUCACCACCGCGAAUGAACCCAACACCACUGAUUCUCAACCCCAGUCGCAGUCGAAGCGCCCAUCCCGGCGUUCCAAAUUUAAUUCUGACUCAAAACCUAAAGUCGAAGUCCAUCCCUCACCGCAAGCUUCUUCGCUGCCUAAGAAAGCCAAGCCUCCGAGACCCAAGGCGCCUCUCGCUGAUGACCUCACUUCGACUCUUACUCACGCCCUCAGCACCCAUCCUUAUCCUGACUGCCCAAUCUGCUUCAACCCCAUUCGUCCAGAACAGCAUACUUGGUCCUGCUCUACUUCAGAUCCCUCCGAAAACCUCCAAUGCUGUUGGACUACAUUCCACCUGAAGUGCAUUCGGGCUUGGGCUUCCAAAAGCGUUAAGGACCUUCAAGAUGCAUGGCGCGCUCGUGGCGAGGAACGUACUGGCGAAUGGAGGUGUCCCGGCUGUCAAGCCAAACGUGCUUUUUGUCAUCGCAUUACAGAUCCAUCCCCUACUCGCCUCGUCACCCCGCACAGUUGUGCAUAUCCCUGCUCCCGCGUACGUCCUUCUGCUUGCGGUCACGGCUGUCCUCUCGCCUGCCACCCUGGUCCCUGUCCACCGUGCGCCGUUACCGUCCGAAAGGGCUGUUGGUGUGGACGUCAAGUCUCAACGCCCUUGUCGUGCGGGAAUCCCCAGCAUACAUGUACUCAGGUUUGCCAUCCCGGCGAGUGCAAGCCCUGCGUCGUGGCUGAAAUCGUCGCGUGUUAUUGUGGGAAAGAGGAGAAAGAAGUCCCGUGCGGCGACAGGAAAGAUUGGGCGAUUGUAUGCGCUGUUGAGGGAGAGGUUGGCUGGGAGGGCCGCUAUGAAUGCGAUGGUGUGUGUGGUAGACCUUUUGCAUGCGGAGUGCACACCUGCGAGAAAGGAUGUCAUCCCCCGUCAUUCACACCUCCAAGAUGCCCGCUUGAUCCAUCCAUCAUGCAAACCUGCGCCUGCGGCAGGCUCGCUCUCCCUACUGUCGAACAACACGAUCGCUAUAUCCACGGACCAGAAUCAAUACCCACUCCCAAAUACGACGCUAGUGGCAAAGAAAUUGCGUAUUUCCUUGGACCCCGCAUAUCCUGUACUGUUCCUGUCCCUACAUGCAAGCAACAGUGCAUCAAAAUCUUGCCCGACUGCUCGCAUCAAUGCGGGGUAAGCUGUCAUACUGGCCCCUGCCCACCAUGCACCGAGCUCAUAGAGCGCACAUGUCGAUGCGGAGCGACGAAGAAGAUGAUCAAGUGCGGCGAAAUCAUCGAAACCAGCGAAGGUAACGAAGCCGGGGAUGUCCUUUGCGAUCGAGCAUGCAUAGCCCUUCGCAUAUGCGGGCGUCACCAAUGCAACCGCAUCUGCUGCCCUCUCGCGUCUCUUUCUGCUGCACAAAGAGGAAAGGGCAAGAAACGCGCAGGAUUGCUGGACGAGCUUGGUGCUGACGAAGGCGGACUGCACGAGUGCGACCUACCAUGUGGGAAGAUGUUGAGCUGUGGAAACCACCGGUGCGAGCGAAAGGACCAUCGAGGCGCAUGUGGGCUCAUAUGCCCGUGUGGUCGGACGGCUUUGGAGCCCCCAAUUCCAUGUGGUACGAUGAUGACUUGUAAUUAUCCGUGCGCAAGGCCUUCACCACCGUGUGGCCAUUCGCGCGUCCCUCAUGCAUGUCAUGAGGGCGUUAUCAUCGCUGUGGAGGCAUCUCCUUGCCCACCGUGUCCGUUCCUCACAAGCAAACAGUGUGCUUGCGGAAAGAAGAUGGUAGAUAAUGUCAGGUGUGCGCAGGAGCGGGUGAGUUGUGGUACUGUGUGCGGAAAAUCGCUAGCAUGCGGUUUUCAUCAUUGCGAACGCCUGUGCCACGCAGACGAUUGUGGGACGUGUACCGCUGUAUGUGGCAAGUCUCGCAAAUCAUGCUUGCCAGCACAACACCCAUGCACCCAAACAUGCCACGCCCCAGCAGCAUGCCCUGAAACCGAAGCCUGCCUCACGCUCGUCACCCUUACCUGUCCCUGCGGCCUCCUCCGUUCCUCUGUCCCAUGCUCCCAAGCAAACUCAGCCGCCCAGCUCAAAUGCACUGGCGAAUGCGCGAUCAAGAAACGCAAUGCGAGACUUGCAGAUGCCCUUGGCAUCAGCCCUGAGAAACGCGAGGGUUUACAGGCCAAGGUCACUUAUAAUGAUGACCUAGUGACUUUUGCGAAGGCGAACAGUAAGUUUGUGGGGUUAGUGGAGAAGACGUUUGCAGAUUUCAUUACUUCUGAUAAACGCACACAAGUCCUGCCGCACAUGCCUCCUGAACGACGUAAAUUCGUGCAUGAUCUCGCAUCUAUCUACCGCAUGGAUACACAAAUGGUUGAUCAAGAACCUCACCGAAGCGUACAGCUCAUCCGGCGUGUCGACACGCGCAUCCCGACACCACUUUUAUCUGCAUCUCUCUCAUCUGCAUCCCCAUCAUCUGCAGUCCUAGGCAAACUCGGUGAUUUGCGAGCCCCGAAAGCUGUGUCGGGCGUGACAAGUGGAAGUGGAGUAUGGGCCAAACCCCAACCAAAGGUUGCAGAAGCAGGCGGGAAGUGGACAGCAGUCGUCUCGCGCCCUGGGUCCGGGAGUUCUUCGCCUGCGCCUGGUGCAUCCUCGAGCUCGGGAGGGACCCAAAUUGGUACUGCUACUUUGAGUUUGAAGCCGAGUGUUGGGGCGUGGGUGUCGUCUUCUGUGCAGCGCGCGAGGGAGGCAGCAAGUCCAGACAUGGAUGAGGAGGAAGAAGCGGUGCCAGAUGAUUGGGAGGAUGAUUUGUAG